AUGAGUUUGGUUUUCCGCGGUGAGUGGCUGCUGCUCCUGAACCUUCGUCGGACCCGAGCCGCGCCUGUUUCGUUCCCCGAAGCCAUGGCGGCGCCUUUACCUGCCUCCUGCGGUGCCUCCUUUUUUCUUCUGGCCCCCCUCCGUCCAUGUGCAGCUGGCUCGUCCCCGCGUCUCUUCCUCCCUGGAGGGAGGAAGGCAAGCGCGUGCCUUCCAAACGGAGUCAAACAGACUCCCCGCAGUCUUGCCCACCUCAGCGUUCGAGCCCGCGGGUCGCGGGUGUAUCCCCUCGUCCGCAGUCGGCCUGGUGUGGAGGCCAAAGAGCUUCCGGAGACGGCGCGGCUCCAGCGCGGUGAGGCGUGUCGCGACGAGGGCUGGUUGUGGGCAGCCUGCGCCUCCGCCCAGGGCGGGCCUCUCGCGAUCGCUGCGGGUCUGCGGGUCUGCGGCGUCCCUCCGCAAAGGCCGAACGCCCUGACGGCCGUGGCGCCGCCGUCGUCUUCCGCUCGCGGUGCGUCGCUUCGCGCUGGAGCGCCCUCCGCUCUCUUGGCAGUUUCCUGUCGCGGCGCGUUUCAGCAGUCGUCCCCCGCGCGCGCCUUCGCGGCUCGUGCGUUCUCCGCGGUCGCGAGUCGGCAGCCGUCUGAAGCGGAGGCAGCCCAGCCGUCCGCCGCUGCCAAGUCGGAGCGCAACGCGAAUCCCGCCCACGGCCAGCGAACAGGGCAGUCUGCCCCGAAGGAAGGGUCGUUUCCCAAGCGCCUCAGCGAGGAGCCCGCUGGGCCCCUGCGCGAGCACGCGCGCCAAGAAGGCCCCGGCGACGGCUCCGCGCCGCCUCCGCCGAGGCGCAGCAUGCCCCUUCUGCUCGCCAGUCUGAUGGCACUGUCGGGCGUUGCCAUCGGGCUCGUGGUCUACGACGCGAUUCUGGCGGAGAACGCGCUGCUGUAUGGCGCCUGGAAGUUCGACUGGGACGCCGCGUGGCUCCAAGAAGCCGCCAGGCGCGAGGCGCAGCUGGCCGCGCAAGGCAUACAAACUCACCCGCCCGCGGCCGUCAAGGCUGCCGAGGCGGGUGCGCACCUACGCCCUCCCACGCGCCAGAUUAUCCUCGUUCGUCACGGUCAAUACGCAAAUGUCGCCUCAGCGAACGACGACGAGCAGGGCCUCACGGAGCGCGGCAAGGCGCAAGCCGCCAUCACCGGUCGCAGGCUGAAGGAGCUGCUCAAGGACCAACACGUUGUGGCCAUUUGGCACAGCAACAUGAAGCGCGCGAGAGAGACAGCUGAAAUCAUUCACAAAGAAGCUUUCGAAGACACCCCCCUCCUCCAGGACCCCGUUCUAGCUGAGGGAGUGCCUGCGGAACCCGUUCCCCCGUCGCGAACUUUCAAGCCAAGCGCAGAAGAGGUCAUGGUCGACAGUGCGCGCAUUGAGCAGGCUUUCCGUCGUUACUUUUAUCGUGCGCUGCCGCCACCCCCUCCAUCUAACUCAGCGGCAGGUCCUUCAUGUCCGCCCUCUGAGGCAGAGAAGCCUUCCGGUCCCACUCCAGAGAGCAGUUGCGGAAAUGACUCGUACAUUAUCCUUGUCUGCCACGGAAACGUGAUUCGAUAUAUGUUGAUGCGGGCUUUGCAGCUGCCUGGGUGUGCGUGGCUGCGCUGGGCGACGUACAACGCAGGCAUCAGCUGGAUCAGCAUAGAUUCGAAAGGGUAUGUCUCUUGCAGAGAAUUUGGCGACGUAGGACACCUACAGGCGGAUAUGAUAACUUACCACUAG